AUGGCGGGCUAUGUGGACUUGCUAGGCCCUCCAACCUCGGGCGCAAGCGAUGAGAAGAAGGACAAUCUUCCUGCCCCCCCUCCACCGUCAACGCCCCCCUCCCCACACGAUGAUCUUCCUGUCCCCCCCUCCACCGACGACGCCCCCCUCCCCCACGCGAUGAUUUUAUUGCCCUCCCUUCGUUCUCAACCCCACAACCCCCUUCCCCCACAAGGCGGGCGCAAGCUGAUUGGACGGCCCCAUUCCGACAUAUGGGCCUGGUUUACGGACGCCAGCUCCCCCCAACGAACCAACUCGGCGAUGUGUAAACAUUGCGGCAACAACAUGUUCUACUACAAGAAAUCCAAGCAAGUGUCACACCAUUUGAACAACUGCGAGAAGUUUCGGCCGACAAUGAUGGCGCUGGACCCACACGAAAGACCAACUUGGUUCGCAGUCAGUACCAAGCGACAGAAGCAAGCCAAGGCGCUGUCAAGUAUGAAGGCCCCAACUGGUAUCUCCUUUGGCCAUCCUUCUUCUGCGCCUGUCAAGACCUUGCAAGAGUGCAUGCGACGUUAUGCUCUGCCCAAGCUAUCUCAAGUGGACCUCGAAGCGAUCAAGAAAGACGUCGCAAUGCACUUUUACAUCACGGACACUUCGUUCCAUCGUGUGGCCAGUUUCACCUGA